AACAAACUAUGACAAUAAAACAUUAUGAUCGAAUACUGAUUGUCAUUCUAGAGGGAAGUUUAUCAACAUAUGAAUAGAAAAAUGCUAAACAGUGAUGCCCUAUAAUUUAUAAAUACUUUGUAGGUCAGUUCAGUUUCAGGUCAUAGAACUUUACCAUACAUAUAUAUUGUUCUUCACAAUUAAAGUUACGGUACUCCAAGUACGUGUCCGUACGAAUUGCACUGUAUAUCAUGAAUACUAAUGUAUGUCAACCAGAGCAGGUGUGUCAUAGGCGAAUUUAUUUAUUCUAUUUCUUUUGAGACUGCAAGACCCGAGACAAAAUAGUGACUCAUAUAAUAUAUAUCCUAUAUGUUCCGAUAUCUCACGAAGACGCAAAACUGUGAAACUGCUAAACACUUUGCAGCUGAACGUCUCGCGACUUGUUACUUCCGCAUUGAACACACGGGUAGACUUGUUUUUUUCUGUUUUAGGCCCGUCAUCGUGAUGUUAUUCCUGAUAACUAUUAUAUGCAUCGUGACCUCCUUGCCGGCCUCAAUGAACAUGCCAAUAGUAGACCCAGGGCUGUUUGUAAUAUCAGGCGUAAAAACUUGCGGGAAUACUUCCGGUUAUUGUCUUCUGGGUAGUGAUUGCACUAUGGAUGAUGAUUUUUUACCAGAUCCAACUGGUAACUGUGAUGGUUUGAAACGCGCAUUCACUCCAAGUGCUCCUUUUGCUUGUUGUAAGUUUAACCAAAGAUCAAUGCAAUCAGGGACACCGGUCAUAGACACUAGUACCAAAAAGACAACUAAUACUGUAACUAAAGAUAAAUUUGGAAGAAACACACGGGAAAAUAUCGAUGCUUUACAAAUGGACAAUGCUCAAUUGGCAAAACUAAAUGAAAUUGAGUUAGUAGUUAAAAAAAUUGUUGAACAAUUAAUAAAUGAAACCGCAAAUAAUAUCAAAGCCGAAGAAACUAUAAUCAAUAAUGAAACAAAAAUGGAAGAAAAUACGAUUAGAAAUAGUAUAAAUGAUGAAAAACCAACAAUUAAUGACAUUAUUGAAAUAAAAGACACUACUGUGGAUCCUUCAAUAAAUACAGAAGAAACAUUAGACGAAGUAUAUUUGAAAAAAGAUAUACCCCUAGAUAUAAAAAAAGACAAUGAAACAAAUACAUUGGACACAACUGAAUUAGAGACAGAAGAGUCAAACAUUGAUGAUGAAUUUAAAGCUGAAAAACGUAUUUGUCAAAAAUCUUGUAAGAGUGAAAUAAUUUUUUUGGUUGAUAAAAAACCCAUGUGUUAUGGAACGCUUUUAGAUGACAUAUGGAUACUUACUUCUGCUACAUGCGCUUCCAGGUUAAAUAAAUCAGGUAUAAGGAAAGUGACAGUAAGUCGAAAAGAUUAUUCAGUGGGAGCUACACUAACCAUUUCGAAUAUAUUAGUGCACGAGAAUUUUAAGUCACCAGUUUCUAAAAAUGCACCAGAAAACAAUGAUUUAGCACUAGUUAGUUUAACUGUUCCACUUGAAGGUCAAGAAUGUACUCCGUGUUUUAGUCAAAAAAAUACUAUAACAAAUGAAGUAUGCAAGACUUUUCAAAAUCCCAAUUUUAAGAAUACAGUGAAAUCAAUCGAAAACUGUGAAGGUCGAGUGCAGCUACGGAAGUUGAUUAGUAAUCCAUAUAUAAUACUGCCGUGCCAUCACUGGAGAAUGCAAUACAAUCAAGAAGGGCGACUGGGAAGCAGUCUGUGGUGUGACGGUAAACUGGCUGGCGUCCAAACUGGCGUUGGCGUAGGGUCGUUGAUUUAUACACCAGUGAAUGAGUACGCCAUGUGGAUAUCCGAUAACAAGAGGAUUGAAGAAAGAAGAUGAACGAAACUUCGAUCGAAUGAAGAUCUUGUGUAUUAAAAGACUGUGCAAUUAUUAAAAUAUUAAAUUUAUUUGAUAUCUAUUUUAUGUAUCUACUGUGUAUUGAUAAGUUUUUAAAUUAUAUUUAUAUUUAUUUUA